CGGCACACCAACAAAAGUACAGAUAUACAUUAUCAGUAAUAUAACGUGUUCGUAAAGAUGCAACAGGCACCGGGCGAAGACGAUGCUCGAGUUCAAGACUACUGCAGCAGGUUGGACGAGAUGAGGAAGAGCAUGGCCUCGGUUAGAGAGGUUGUCAGGUCUUUGCAAGAAAAAGUGAAUUCAGACGAGUUCGACACGAAAGACGGCAUUUCACUUCUCUCUGUCAAGUCUCAGCUCAUGCUGUCAUAUCUUCAGUCGCUGGUCCUUCUCUCUGCUCAUCGUGUCUUAGGCCAUCCUUUGACCGAGCGCAGCCCCCCAAAGGAACCUUUUUCCUCCACAUCACGCGCCGCACGCGGCCCUGGCGCCGGUGACAGAGUCGAUUCAAUGAUUGAAGGACGGGUCGUCCUGGAGAAGAUCAAGAUCUUGGAGAACAAAAUGCGCUAUCAGAUUGAGAAGCUCGUUCGUGUCGCUGAGGAAUCGCCAGAGACUGCCAAUAACAUUGUCAACGAUCCUCUUGCGUUCAAGCCAAACCCCGCCGCACUCAUGAACCAGGAGAUGAGCGAGGAAGAAGAGGAGGUUGAACGCGAGGACAACGAACAACGUGAUGGCAUAUAUCGACCACCCAGGCUCGCGCCAAUGCUAUACACCGAGCCAAUCAGGGGCAAGGACAAGAAACGCUCAGGUCCAGCUCCAGCCGCACUCUCCGCCCUUACGCGGCUGGACCCCGCGAUGCCGCACCUGGAGUCGACAUCCGGUCUGGGCAAUACCCCAGCGCUGGCAUCCAAGCGUGCGCAGGAGCUGCAGCGCAUGGCCGAGUUCGAGGAGGAGAACUUCACGCGCCUGGUCAUGAAGAAGAAGGACAUGAAGCGCCGCAAACAGGACGAGGCCAACAUCGCUCUGGGCGGCAUCGGCGUGUCGGGGCGACACGGCCGCGGCGGCGGUCUCGAGGAUGAGUUCAGUGAUAUCCUCCGGUCUGUCGGGCGCAGCCGCGCUGGCGUCGCCGGCGAUGGCUAUGAAGAACUCCGCCAGAAAGGGCGCAAGGAAAGUGUUCUCGCGCGCUCCCGCGCCAGAACCCGCGACGACAUCGUAGACGAGCUGGCAGACGACGGACCCCGCCAGCGGAAGAAAGGUCGAUUCGAGAAGGAGGUCAAGGCGACGAAGAAGAGGAUCGCCAAGAGCAGGCGCUGAAUACCUCACUUGUAGGCGUACUGUGCGUUGCAGACGAACGCACCCGUUCCACUUUUCAUCGGACUGCAGGUAGUGAGAGAAUUCACAGCUGCUCCCGGCGCGCAUUCACAAGCAUCCACUACGUAAUUUCCUCUGCAAUUAUCCACGUCCCUCGGUGGGCUUUGAAGUUCCUCCGUGCCAGUGUCACUUAUUUGCGAUGAAGACCGGCUCUAACCCUUGGACACCUGUCGCCUUAGCUUUCUACAUACGCAUCUCCUGACCAAGUCUCUCACGGCACUAUGCCGCGACGGGCGUGCACCACAGGAAGUGCCGUUUGCUGCUAUUAUGUUACCCGGCGAUAUACACCUACAAGUCCGGCUCCUCUUCACGCCAUCAGUAGACUGCUGGAACGCCAUGGCGCAUCGGGGAAUUCAUUACUUGAAUCAGUCGAGGUGGUUGUAAUUUCAUUAUGAUGGUAAUCUGGGACAUUUAGUCGUAUCCCUCGGCCUUUGAAAUACCUCCCUCUUUCCCCGUGCCUAUCCGCUGUCUACGCUUCUUACGGCACUACUCCGUGACAGACACGUGCCAUAAUAAGUGCCGUUUACUAUCGCCAUGAUGUACGCAUACUGAUGGUGCUCUUCUUCGCCCGGUCGCUUGACUGUCGGAGCUCGACAAUCCAACGGCAUUCGUCGUAUAUAACCAUGUCUGCGUCGAACUGAAGACAGUACAGAACUCGAUCUGUCCCACCUCUCUCAAACAUUCCAGCACAUCAUGGUCUCGAAACUCUUCUCCCUCGUUCUCCUUAUGGCCACUAUUGCUUAUGCACGGGACUGCACCUGGUUCGGCUCUGCACCGCUCUGUAACGGCCACUGCGAGUCCCCACACAGCUUUCAGGUCACCCGAGGCGAGGGUGGUGGCGGCAACGGCGCCAUCUGUGCGUCGGGCCACAAAGUUUUCUGUUGCACUCAAUCUGACGCGGGUGCCGGUUGCUCGUGGCACGGUACAGCCCCAUUGUGCGCUGGAAAGUGUCCCCCGGGCACGGAGCAGGUCACCACCGACGGCUCUGGCGAUGGCGACACAUGCCUUUCCGGCAACAAGGUCUACUGUUGCCCGAGUGGUACCGAGUUCGCGACGAACAGCUCUGCUGUGCAUCACAAAGAGGGCAAGGACUUUGGCGAUGCCAGCCACCACGUCGCCGGCCAGGCAGUCAUCGGCAAGGCUUCGGACCUGUAGGAUGUCAACGGAGACGGCUCUUGCUACGAGAUAGCGCGUCUGUAUUUACGUUGUGUAAUGGGCUAUGCCUUCAAUAGGGUAGUAU